CUUCUCAGCCUCUUCACCAAAAUACUAAUUAACUCAAAAAGAGGAGGGAGGAAGCGCUUCCUCUCCGACGAUCUUCCGUUAUCUCGAUCCUUCUCUUUCCCAUUCGCAUCGUCUCGAUCUCUACCCUUCUCUCUUUAAUUCAUCUCUCGAUCCUGUUUGCUUGUUCUAUCACUUCUCCGUUGUUCGAUGGCUGAAUUCCCGGCAUAGGGGUCUCGGGAAUGGGUUGCAACGCCAGGUUUGAAUCCUCGCCUCGGCCUCCGCCUCAGAUCCGCUUCUGAUCCGAGAAGAUCCCGGGUUACUUGCGCCAAUAGUAUGGCGGGCGCCGUCUCGGCGCUGUUCCUCCUCGACAUCAAGGGCCGCGUCCUCAUCUGGCGGGACUACCGCGGGGACGUCUCUGCGGUACAGGCAGAGCGGUUUUUCACCAAGCUCAUCGAGAAGGAGGUGGAUCCGGAGUCGCACUCGCCGGUGGCGAUCGAUGACGGGAUCAGUUAUAUGUUCAUCCAACACAGUAAUGUCUUCCUGAUGACUGCUGCGAGACAGAAUUGCAAUGCUGCCAGUAUUCUUCUUUUCCUGCAUCGCGUCGUUGAUGUAUUUAAACACUAUUUCGAGGAGCUGGAGGAAGAGUCCUUGAGAGAUAAUUUUGUCGUUGUGUACGAAUUACUUGAUGAGAUGAUGGACUUUGGGUACCCUCAAUACACAGAAGCUAAGAUUCUUAGUGAGUUCAUUAAGACAGAUGCAUAUAGGAUGGAAGUGGCACAGAGACCUCCAAUGGCUGUCACAAAUGCAGUGUCAUGGCGUAGUGAAGGGAUACGGUAUAAGAAAAAUGAAGUGUUCUUGGAUGUGAUUGAAAGUGUUAAUAUACUUGUUAACAGCAAUGGACAGAUUAUCCGUUCUGAUGUUGUUGGGGCAUUGAAAAUGAGAACAUACUUGAGUGGAAUGCCUGAAUGUAAACUUGGGCUCAAUGAUCGGGUACUUUUGGAAGCUCAAGGACAGACAACUAAAGGAAAAGCUAUCGAUUUAGAUGAUAUAAAAUUUCACCAGUGUGUCCGAUUGGCACGGUUUGAGAAUGACAGGACAAUAUCAUUCAUACCACCAGAUGGGGCUUUUGACCUAAUGACAUACAGACUUAGCACUCAGGUAAAGCCUCCAAUCUGGGUGGAAGCUCAAGUCGAGAAGCACUCAAGAAGUCGCAUAGAGAUAACAAUUAAGGCAAGAAGUCAGUUUAAGGAAAGAAGCACUGCAACAAAUGUGGAAAUUGAGCUGCCUGUACCUUCAGAUGCCACCAAUCCGAACAUCCGAACAUCCAUGGGUUCUGCUUCAUAUGCUCCUGAGAAUGAUGCACUGGUCUGGAAAAUAAAAUCUUUUCCCGGAGGCAAGGAGUACAUGUGUAGGGCAGAAUUCAAUCUUCCCAGUAUAACUGCUGAAGAUGCGACUUCAGAGAAAAAGGCUCCCAUUCGUGUGAAGUUUGAGAUCCCUUAUUUCACAAUCUCCGGGAUACAGGUACUUCUCUACUUAACAACUUUUUCUGGGCUAUAUAAUCUUAAUGGGUCAUGCCAUCAUGCAUCAAUUGCUCAGGUUCGCUAUCUGAAAAUUAUCGAAAAGAGCGCAUACCAAGCCCUUCCCUGGGUGAGAUACAUCACAAGGGCGGGUGAAUACGAACUGAGACUCAUCUAAAGACACUUACAUGCUAUUUGGCUCUUGAGGACAAUAUCAAAAACACGAAGAUUUCAAGAUUAUAUCUUCGACUCUCAUGAACUCUGUAGAUUUAUCAAUCAUUGUUCUAUGUGUGUAAUGCGGUGCUCAAUCAGCAAUUUUGUUUUUGUCGCACUUA